AUGGCAAGACAAUUCCAGCGUACCAAAUGUCGAUCCAGGUUGUUGAUGGGAGGUCUGCUCCUUUGUUUCAUUUGUGCAAUGCUGAUGGGCAUUGCUCUCAUUGUAGAAAGCGCGGGCCUUAGGAAAGUAUCUUUUCAGAAAAAUGAAGUGCAGUCAAAGUCAACCGCAGAUCACACUCUCUGUGUACUUGUGCCUUUUAGAAACAGAUUUGAGGAGCUGUUGGAGUUUGCCCCCUACCUGCAUACAUUCUUAAACAAGCAAAAUGUGAAACACAAACUUGUGGUCAUUAACCAGAUGGACAGUUACAGGUUCAACAGAGCCUCCCUGAUUAAUGCUGGAUUCCUGGAGACCAGGUCACAGUGUGACUACAUAGCCAUGCAUGAUGUUGACCUGCUGCCUGUGAAUGGAGCUUUGAGCUACGCUUUCCCAGAGAUGGGGCCCUUCCAUCUGGCAGCUCCUCAUUUGCACCCCUUGUAUCACUACAAGACAUAUGUUGGUGGCAUUCUUCUGCUGCAGAGUCAGCAUUUUGAAAUGCUAAAUGGCCUGUCAAACAAAUACUGGGGUUGGGGAAGAGAGGAUGAUGAAUUCUUUGUACGGAUGAAAAAGGCAAAGUUAACACUUGGUCGGCCAGGUAAUCUCACUACAGGAUACAGGUCAUUCCGGCAUAUACAUGAUCAUUUCAAGCGGCCCCGAGACCAGAAUAGAUUCUUUGAUCAGUUUGAGAAAACCAGGCGAGUAGACAAGGAAACAGGUGUAUCAACAGUUAAAUACAAGGUGGAUAGUGUGAAGGAUUUGGUCAUCAGUGGAGCUCCUGUGACUGUCAUCAAUGUCCUGCUGGUGUGUGAUCUGAACCUCACCCCCUGGUGUCUUCAGGCAGAAGAUCAUGCUUGGUACAAUAAAUCAGUAUUACAUAAGAAUGCACCCUCCACAAAAAUAAAAUCUAUAUCCACCGCCACAGCUACAUGA